AUGUCGAUUCUACAUCUCCCAGAACCACUGCCAUCAACAUCUAUUGCGCUCGGGCAAAUCACUACCAAUCCUCUAAGCGCUCCUUCCGACUCUAUCAACCCCUCAGUAGCUUCGGACUCCAUACAAAAGGCUGCCCGUUCGAAGAAAGAAGACGCAGAGUCCACUUCCCACAUCGCCCUGACCGACCCAUCGCAACUCUUCGACACCUUACGCAACGACACCAGCACACAAGGCUUUCUCCGCAAGCUAUCGCAACAAAACAAGCCAAUCUACUUCGUCACCGGCCUCCAAACUUCCAAAUCUCCAAGCCACAAGCGUGCGACCGUGUCACACGAGCCCAUAACCGAGGCUACGGAAACCCCGCAAACCCAAGUUCAACUACCCUUCCGACGGGUAGACUCGGCGUCCAACAUGACCUCUCCUGGCGAAGAAGGUUCAGUCGUCGCAGUCGAGCUGCUUAAAGUAAAAUGCCGCAUUGGCGCCGUGACUGAACCUCAUUGUAUUUCGGAUGUGGACUAUGUGUGGAGCUACCAUGCGCUUGAUGGUGAGGACGAGGAUUUGCAGUUAUCUAUUGGGCUGGGAAAACCGGUGGAGGAACGGGAAUGGAAGGCUUUGACAGGUGUACAAGAAAGACAAGAGGACAGAGACGCUGAUCGUAACUGGUCUUACGACUACGACAGCGAUGACGGUAUUGGUGGCUUCUGA